AUGGCACCUGCUACCCGUCGUCCUGUUCGCGUUGCCGGCGCCUCUGGAGGCUUCUCGGACCGCGUCCGCGCUAUCUCUUCCCUCGCAAAGAAUGACGAGUGCGAUGUCAUUGUCGGGGACUGGCUGUCCGAGCUCACUAUGACUAUUCACGGUACUGGGAAGAUAAGAAACACGGAGCAAAUGAUGCAGGCGCGUACUUUCGAAGAGAAGCUCAACUACGCCAUGUUCGCUGAGAACUUCCUCGAUUGUUUUAUGCCUGCCGUGAAGGAUGUGGCUGAGAAGGGCAUUAAGAUUGCUGUCAACGCUGGGGCAUCGGAUACGGAGCUUCUUGCUCAGCUCGUGGACAAGAAGGUGAAGGAACAAGGAUUUAACCUGAAGGUUGCCUGGAUUGAGGGCGAUGAUGUUACCGGCACUGUCAAGGGCAUGUUAAACAAGGGCGAGGGUUUCCGCAGUCUCAUGCACGGCCGGUCGGUUGAGGAAUGGGGACUGGAGCCUGUGUGCGCGCAGUGCUACCUCGGUGGUAUGGGUAUCGCACAGGCUCUUACCGAGGGUGCAGACAUCGUCAUUGCCGGCCGUGUAUCCGACGCUUCUCCAAUCAUCGGUGCUGCAGCUUGGUGGCACGGGUGGACAAACGACAUGUUCGACGAGCUCGCCGGAUCCCUCAUCAUCGGCCACCUUCUCGAAUGUGCCUCCUACGUCUCUGGUGGCUAUUGUUCUAACUUCCGAACUCUUCUUGCACAGGGCAAGCACAUCAACAUGGGUUUCCCAAUCUGCGCGAUUGACCACAAGGGAGAGGGUAUCAUGUCCAAGGAGAAAAACACUGGCGGUGAAAUGACGGUCGCUACUUGCACCUCGCAGCUCCUCUACGAGAUCCAGGGUCCGCAGUACUACAACUGCGACGUAACCGCCCAAAUCGAAAACGUCAAGAUGGAGCAAGUCGGCGAAAACCAAGUCAAGAUCUCGGGCAUCAAAGGCCUCCCACCCCCACCCACCACCAAAGUCGGUCUCACAGGCUUCGCCGGCUGGCAAGCCGAAUACCACGUCUACCUCUGCGGCCUCCACAUCGAAGAAAAGUGCAAAUGGACCGAAUCCCAAAUCCGCUACGAGCUCGGCGAAGAAACCCUCAAGAAAUUCACCACCCUCAAAUUCAUGCAAAAUGGGACCUCCCCCCUCGACGCACGCAACCAGGAUGUCGCCACCGUCGACUUCCGCGUCUUCGCGCAGACAAAAGACCGCGAACUGCUCAACAUGCGAAACCCAGACGGCUUCUUCCGCACCUCCAUGGUCACCUUCUUGCAGUCCUGUCCCGGCGCUUCGCUAGGCAACGACAUGCGCCAGGCAGAAGGAAAACCAUACUACGAGUACCACCCGUCGCUUCUCCCGCAGUCUGCGCUCCAGCAGCGCGUGCACUGCCUCUGGGACGGCGACCAAGCGCAGGGCUUCAAAGACGGGAAGAAAGUAAUAGACAUACCGCUCGCUCCCGAGUUCCGCGAGUACGACCGCCAACAACCCUCCUACGAAGCUACUAAUCCCGUUCCUCUCGACGCCUUUGGCCCAACAGUUCGUCUGCCGCUCGGCUCCAUUGUUCUUGGACGCUCAGGCGACAAGUGCUCUGAUUGCAAUGUGGGCUUCUUCGUGCGCCACGACGACGAGUGGGAGUGGCUGCGCAGUCUGCUCACUGUCAACAAGAUCAAAGAGUUGUUGGGCCCGGAGGAGUACAAGGGGAAGCUGAUUGACCGGUUUGAGAUGCAGAAUAUUCGCGCCGUGCACUUCUUGCUGCAUGAUCAUUUGGAUAGAGGAUACGACGCCUGCUCGACGUAUGAUACGCUGGGGAAGAACUGCUGUGAGUAUUUGAGGGCUAAGACGGUGGACAUCCCGAUUCAGUUUGUGAAAAGGGGUGUGCUGUAG